GGAGCUAUAGCCUACCAGGAACAAGUUUUCCCACACUCAGAUAAUUAGUUUCAAAAAGUUCAAAAGAAAGUGGCCCUCCCAUCAGGAAACGCAUCAGUUUAGUGCUGAUGUUAUCUGUGAUGCUACAAAUGAUCAGACAGCAGUCUGAGACAGUCCCGCAGUGCACACUCGAGAACAUGUUUGUGGCAGUGAUGGACAACAUUUUCUUGCUUGUGCUGGUCACUCUUCUCAGCGUCAUUCAGAAUGUGUUCUUCGCCUUGAAGGUUGAGAAAGAGUGCACUCAUUCUAAGAAUUCUGCAGCGUUUGAGCGUUUGUCCUGUGCAAAUCGAAACUGCAUGGACACGUACCCCACAUUUCUGGCAGUACUGUGGUGCGCAGGUAUCUGCCUCAGCCAAGCUCCAGCUGCCUUUGCUGGCAUCAUCUACCUUGUGGUCCGGCAGAAGUACUUUGUUGGCUACCUGGGGCAGACUUGCCAGAGCACUCCUGGCUUCCUGUUCGGGAAACGCAUCCUCUUCUUCCUGUCACUCAUGUGUGUUGUGGGAAUCAUAAAUCACCUGAUGCUCACCUAUGGUGGCAGUGACUACAAAGAGUACAUCCAGACCAUCACCAAAGCAGCGUCAACACUUCUGCUCUUGCCCUGAACUGUGCAUGAGAGAUUUUUCUGCAGCUGAAACAGUAGAGUUAACAGAUCAGUGUAGAUAGACUCUUUGGGUUAAUGGUUUGUCAGUUAGAGGAUGUGGCAAGAACAGUGUGAAGCGUUCACAGUGAUGGUCACAAAGGCAUUUAAUUGCAAUAUAAUAUGUACAUUUAAAAAAGCUUUACAAAACAACAAAAGACUGUUUUUACUGUUACUAUCCCAGCAUGUGAUAUUUGAAGAAAUGUUUUAAAUGGGUCAUAUCAUGCUUUAGUUUUUUCAUUGAGGUCAACGCGUAAGCUUAGUAAAGAUUUGUCAAAAAAAGUUUCAUUUUCACACCUCUUUAAGCUUUAGAUUUAAAUUUUUGGUUACUGUGCCUUUAAAAAUGGCAAGUUCUGCUAUGGCACCGGAUUGCAGGUUUCCUGUUGUGUGAAAUAUAGUUCAGCAAAAUCCUCAGCCUCUUUGCAAAGGCUGUAUUACAUGACAGGGUUACAAAACAAUUAGUGAUGAAAUGUCAGAAUGAAAUUAUCAGGGUAUAACUGCACAUAGGACUGCGAUAUGGCCAAAACAAUUGUCACAAUUAAAUGCUCAUAUCAGUUCAUAAUGAUAAUUAUCUCAAUAAAUUUCAAAUCGUGAUUACCUCAUACGUAGAUAUUGAAAGGUAAUUAUUCUGACAGUUUUACU